AUGGCGUCGGGGGGGGAGGAGAGGGAGCCGGAGUUUCAGUUGAUUACGUUUUUUCGAUUCGCCGCGAUCGAGGAUCCGAGGGCGGAGGUUGAGCGACAUCGCGCGCACAUUGCGCGGAACGGGUGGGAGCUUCGCGGACGGAUAUACGUCAACGAGCAAGGGAUCAACGCGCAGAUGUCGGGACGGGGGCGCGAGGGAGAGGCGUACGCGAAGUGGGUGGAGAGUGACGCGCGAUUUUCGGGAAUGCGGAUCUCGGUGUACCCCAUGGAGGAGCAGGCGCAUCCGCGGCUGGCGCUUCGAUACAAGCCAAACUUGGUGCAGCUGGAGGGCGGGACGAACCACCUACCGCUGACGGAUCGAGAAGCCAGGGCGAAGCCGUUGUCCCCGAAAGAAUGGCAUGAAAAUCUCAUCAAGGUGAACGCGGGCGAGGCUGAUGCCCCGCUGCUGUUGGACGUGAGAAAUGGAUAUGAGUGGGACGUAGGACACUUCCGCGGCGCCGAGCGGCCGGUGCAAGAGUCCUUCAGAGAAACCGUGUACACAAACGCGCAGGACGGGCUCGGUCCGCUCGCUGGGAUUGACAAGAGCAAGCCAAUUAUGAUGUACUGCACCGGCGGCAUCCGCUGCGACGUGUACUCGACCGUGCUGCGAGAGCAAGGGUACACAAACGUGAUGACCCUCGAAGGUGGCGUCCAGGCGUAUUUCGACGAGUACGGCAAGCGUGGCGAUCAACUUUGGGACGAUCACCUGUUCGUCUUCGAUAGCCGUCUCGCGAUGGCCCCGGACGGUCGACCGAGCGCCGAACUCGGUGAAGAUGCGGCGACUCUGCGAUGUUACUGCUGCGGAGAAAAUACGGCGCCGCCGCCGCAUCGAAAUUGUCCCAACGUGGACUGCAACAGACUCUUCCUCGUCUGUCCCGGUUGCAGCGACAAGCUCGACGGAUUUUGUUGCGAAGCGUGCACGAAGGCAUCGCACAUCCGUCCAUCGCUUGUGAAUCCUGGGAGAUACGAGAAGUAUUCUAACUACGACAGUCCCGAGAGCCGAGCCGCCCGACGCGGUCCCGGUCGCUCGAAUAGAAAGGUGCGUAGACGUCAACGUCGCAAGCUUGAACUCGCAGCUUACGUACUAGAGCACAUGACAUCAGUGGACGAAAGUAGGGCUCGUCUAGUGCAAUCAACGGGAGGCACGUUUGCGGAUCGCACGCGCAGCCUCAUUGACGCCAGUCGGACCAUUGUCGUCGAGGACGAGGAUGACGACGACAACGAUCAGGCGGACGAGUCGGACUCCGAAGAGGGGACAAUCAAUCCAGCUUUGAGUAGGUAUAGCAAACAGCGGGCGACGCUGCGAGAGGCGUACGCGCUGCUCGCCAAGGAUCAACGCACGCCAGAAAAUUUAGUCGAGGCUGCUGAAAAAAUUGCCGAAGAGCGCAAAAGGAUGAAGAGAUCCGAGCACGAGGCAAAGACUCCGAUGAUGUAG